CUUCUGAGUAUCCGAAACUAACAGAAAAUUAUACAUUGUCUCUCUCGCCUCCUCUCAAUUUCACACAAACACACACAUCGCACUACACAAACAAAACAAAACCCUAUUUCCUAUUUCACUCACUCUCGCACCUUCUCCCAUUCCAUUCCCUUUCGUUCUUUGCUCAUUCAUUCAUUCCCCAACUCCAAACCAAACGCAACUCUUUCUCUUUCUUCUCGCUUUUCGCAUUCGCCGAUAACCCCUGGCGGUUAUUAUCCAAACGUCGACGUUUCCUUCUCAUCACCAAUCACUGCCUCGCCUCUAGGGUUAGUUCCCUUUUCGUGUCUCGUUUUUUUCCGUAUCCGGAAUCAAACGUCGACGUUUCUUCCCUCUGUAACCCUAGGUUCCGGUGGAGCUUUUUCCCAACCCAUCGAUUAAUCACGUUUGUUUUUAUUCUCUUUGGUUUUCUGAUUUUUUUCAUAACCUAUUUUCUCCGCUCUCCUCACUGAGUAGUAUAUGUCGUUGCCCUUUUUAUUUUCCAUCUCGGUGCUAUGGAUGAGUUCGCAAUGCCUUGAGUUCUGCCAUUGUUGCCAUAGUUCGGCUUCGAUUUUUCCAAUUGGAGGUUUAUUGAAUUCUGUUAGAGAGAUGAAAAAUCUUUGAGUGGUUUAGUGGGAAAACUUAUUUUGGAUGGCGAUGGAGGCGUAGCUUAGAGAAGCUCGUCCUUGGCAACAUUGGUAGGGGGAAAUAGCUUUUUAUUUUGGAGCAGUUACGGCUGCGGGUCUUGAAUUUGUCAUAGAAUUUGUUGAUUAAACAGCAGAAGGGGUUGGGUUGUUUUGAUUACUGUGUUGGAGGGUAGUGAAUUGUGGAGUGAUUGAAUUUCACUGUGGGAGUGCUGGAUUUCUUUAUGUUUGGGGGUGAUUUUGUGUUAUAGAUUAGGUUGGGUUGUAGAAGAGUGAUAAGUGUGAUUGUGCUACUUGGGGGUGGAGUUGGUAGAGAGGCGUGUGUAGAUUUUUUCUUUUGAUGAUGUUCAGUGCUAGUUAUGGACAGAAGUGAACCUGCAUUAGUUCCAGAAUGGUUGAGAAGUGCUGGAAGUGUUGCUGGGGCUGGAAGUUCAGCCCAACAUUUUGCCUCCCCAUCUAGUAACGCCGAUUCUACUUCUGUAACGCAUCAUUCAAGGAAUAGAUCUUCUAAGAAUGCUAGUGAUUUUGAUAGUGCUCGUUCUGUGUUUCUGGAACGGACAUCCUCAUCAAAUUCCCGGAGGAGUUCUAUAAAUGGUUCUGCCAAGCAUGCCUACAGUAGUUUCAACCGAAGUCAUCGUGACAAGGACCGUGACAGAGAGAAAGAUAGAUCUAAUUUUGCAGAUCACUGGGAUUGUGAUGGUUCUGACCCAUUGGCCAACCUCUUUCCUGGAAGGAUGGAAAGGGAUACAUUGCGGCGUUCUCAUUCAAUGGUUUCCAGGAAACAGAGUGAGGUUAUACCCCGUAGAGCUGCAGUUGAUAGUAAAUCUGGUGGCAGUAGCCACCAUCAGAACAAUAGCAAUGGCAUACUUUCUGGGAGUAAUGUAAGUAGUAGCAUUCAGAAAGCUGUAUUUGACAAGGAUUUUCCAUCACUUGGUACUGAAGAGAAGCAGGGAAUAGCUGAAGUUGUGAGGGUUUCAUCUCCUGGUUUGGGUGGUGCUGCUAGUCAGAGUCUGCCUGUUGGUAGUUCAGCUUUGAUUGGAGGGGAGGGAUGGACAUCUGCACUAGCAGAGGUACCUACUAUAAUUGGGAGCAGCAGUACUGGAUCUCUACCAGUGCAACAAACUGUUAAUACAACUUCUGGGUCUGUAGCAUCAAGUACUACAGCUGGUCUUAAUAUGGCUGAGGCUUUGGCACAGACUCCAUCCCGAGCUCGUUCUGCUCCCCAGGUGCUGGUCAAGACUCAAAGGCUUGAGGAACUGGCUAUCAAGCAGUCAAGACAGUUGAUUCCAGUAACACCCUCAAUGCCUAAAGCUUCGGUUCUUAGUUCUGAGAAAUCAAAGCCCAAAACAGGUAUCAGAAAUGCCGAGAUGAAUGUAGUUACCAAGAGUGUGGCACAGCAACCUUCUGCAUUGCACGUAGCAAGCCAAUCUGUUCGCAGUGUAAAUGCCAAAGUUGAUGCUCCAAAGACAUCUGGAAAGUUUACUGAUCUUAAAUCAGUAGUGUGGGAAAAUGGCGCUUCCCCUACCUCCAAGGAUGUAUCAAAUCCAACGAAUUAUUCUAACAGCAAACCAGGAAGUCAACAUGCUGUUGCUUCUGGAGCUGCUUCUGCACCUUUGAGGAACCCUAAUAACCUAAAAUCCCCCACAGAGCGGAAGGCUGCAUCUUUGGAUCUGAAAUUAGGUUCGGCUUUGGAUAAGAAACAUUCAAUCUCUCAAGUGCAGAGCCGGAAUGAUUUCUUCAAUCUCAUUAAGAAGAAAACAUUGAUGAACUCCUCUGUAGUUCUUCCAGAUUCUGGCUCGAUGGUUUCACCUCCGACUAUGGAGAAAUCUGAUGAAGUAAAUAGGGUAAUAGUUAGCCCUCCUGCCAGUCCUCAGUCUCUUGGAAAUGGUACUGAACUGACUAGCAAUGGCAAUGCCCAUGCUCAUGAAGAGGUUCACAGACAUUCUGAUAAUGAAGAGAAAGAAUCAAUUCCCAGUGCUACAAUAUAUCCAGACGAGGAAGAAGCUGCAUUCCUUCGUUCUCUGGGCUGGGAGGAGAACACAGAUGAGGAUGAAGGCCUUACAGAAGAGGAAAUCAAUGCUUUCUAUCAGGAGUGCAAGAAAUUGGACCCAACUACAUUCAAGCUAUGCCAGGGCAUGCAGCCAAAGCUGUCCAAGUUGUUCGAAUCUUAUGCAUCUAACUUGCGUGGAUCUUCUGCUGAGUUGAGCUCUUCUGAUCCCGGAUCUGAAGCUUGAUGUACUGUUUCUUUAAUCAUAGUUAGAUCCAAGUUUCAAUUUUUGAUGGCAGAUGACUAGUUCCAUUCCUUUUGUUCUGAAGGCCAAUGAUUUGAGAGUGAAAGAAGAGGGGUGGGUUUUGAUUGGAACCCUGCAUUUUGCAAAUAUUGCAAUAAGUUACAGGUGCCUCAAUCCUGCCUGCAUAACAGGGGAAAAAUUUUCCUUCCUUUUUGGUUUUUUGGUUAAAGGUUAUAUAGGGUUGGUUGGUAGGGUAGGGGCUAUUUUGUCAGCAGUGGAAGGUGCUGGGCCAUUGCAUCUUUUGGGCCAUUGCAUCUUUUGGGGUAUUUUGACCCGUUUCUUUUCUUUCAUGAGGGUUUGAUUCUACAUGAUAAAGUUUAUGCUGUUUUUGGUCAAUUUUACAAAAAAAGGGAAAUUAAAAAUUUAUUUUUAAAUUUUAGAGCUUGUUGAUAUGACUAUUUUGGAAGGCUGUAUUUUUUUGGGAAUGUCCUGGUUCACAUUUUGGUUGCGAUUCUCGCAGCACUGAAAAAUCACAUCAAUGAUAUCGAGAUACAGAAUAGAAUCUUACAA